AUGGGUUUGGUGGUGGUCAUAUCUCUUCCUCUAAUUUUCUUCUGUCUUCUUCUUGGAUUCGGCUGUUACUUCCUCGGGAAAUCUCGCGGCCGUCGAGAGAUCCACACAAAUCCUCAGGUGUACGGCGCUCCUGCUCCACCUCCCGGUGCAACCAUCUCCACCACCUCCUCUCCCCCGAUUAGAGCUAUUGUGCCCAUUGCUAACUACAAUGAGAAGGACAAGACGUUUGUGUAUCAGGAAGAAGGGACUGCUGUUUUUAAGCUGUACGCUGUACAUUCAGGGCAUGAGCCCGGGGCGAUGGAUGGGAAUGCGAGAAUCAUGCAUCGGGUUGUUGGUCAUAAGGGUUUUCUGAUGGAUCAGGACACAGUCUAUGGAGUGAGGGAGGAGUUAGAAACCGAAGGGGUUGGGUUGAUUGCGAAGGAUGAUGGUGGGGAUAUGCAUUUUGCUGUGAUGCAUCAGGUUCAGGAGCUAAGGAGUGAGCUUGGGAAUCUAGAAGGAAAGAUUGGGAAGAUUCCACAAGAGAUGUUGGGUUCAGUGUCCAGAGAGUUGUUUGAGAUGCUCAACAAGAUCAGGAAUAUUGGUGAUGAGAGUGUGAAGGGCACAACAGGGUUGAUUUCUGACAAGGCGCACUCUGAUGAAAUACUUGUUGGAGAUAAUGAUUUAGCGCAUUGGAGUGACCAUCACCAUGAGCAUAUAUAUGGAGAUGGGAAGGAUGCAGAACUUAUUGAAGAUGAUGAGGAUAGUUUUGGGAGGAGCCUUGAUGAUGUUGUUCCUUGGGAGCAGAUAAGGCCACCGUCAGGGUGUAGAAGUCCAAAGGAUCUCUUGUCUGAGACAUGUAAGCCUGAGAAAUGGUUGAAGUGCAAUGACUUUGAUGAGAAGAGCAUUCUGAAUUGUGAAGAUUCUAAACUAACAAAACCGAUGAGACACGGUGAAGGUAUAGUAGCAGAUGUAGGUUUAGUUGGUAUACAAGUCGAUAGCUUCUAUCAAGAAAACGCCAAAUGGUAUGAUUCUCCUUGUGGUUUGGAUUCAAACACGGACUGUGAAGACAAUGGAUUCAGCAGACACGGGGAGAUUUUGUAG